AAAUCGGAUAUAAUGAAGGCUAGCAUCCUAUCACGGAGGAUAGCCAAAAUAAUGCCGCGACAUGAGCUGACACUGAGAGAGACUGGAACUAGUAAAAACAAAAUGGCGGCUGUGAGGAGGAAUCUUUCAGGGGACUCUCAAAUGUUUGAGGCUAAUUCUAAGGAAGACAACGUGUUUUAUUAUGUGGUUAUCAAUGGUGUURUAGCUGUGUUUGUGUUCUUUUCUCUUGUCGUAUUCAAUGGAUUUUUAAGGCAGUAUUUGCAGUACCCAGAUACAUCCAAAUCGAACACGUGCAAAUCGCCUAGCUGCGUUAGAUGCAGGUCUGCUAAUUUGCAACGAGACCUUCUAAUUAAAAAACUAGAUGAAUUUGCGUCUAAGACCAACGCCAAGUUGGAGAUGCUUGAACGGUUAUUUGAGUCUUUGUUGUAUGGAGACAAUAAUUCAGAUUGUGUGCGGCAGAGGCCUACAACAUUUGGUUUGUUGGGACUGACGUCACAGGCCUGGCAUACCAGGUACACAACUGAACUCCAACAUCUACUAGGAAACCUUGAAAAAAUCAAACUUGAGGUAAACAGUAUUACAAACGAUUUAUCCUGUGGCUGGUUAAGUAAUACUUGUCCUUCAGGCCGUUGGUUUGUGUAUCAUCUGUAUAACCAAGGCAAAAAGAUUUCAAGAAAUUGCAAGAAAUGUCCACUUACUACUAAACUAAUAGAAUCCGUGGUGCCCUUUAUGAAAGACUGUGCAUUUGGAAAUGCUGUAGUUUCCUUAGUUCAACCUGGUACACACAUAACUCCACACUAUGGGCCUACAAACUGUAGACUUAGAUGUCAUCUACCAUUGGAAAUCCCUGAURGAUGUGCAAUAUCUGUAGACCAAGAGGAAAGACAGUGGAAAGAAGGCAAUAUCUUGCUCUUUGAUGAUUCUUACUUGCAUGAAGUUUGGCAUAAUGGCAAAAAAGGAGACAGGAUUGUCCUAAUACUUGAUUUAUGGCAUCCAGAAGUAACUGCCAUUGAAAGGCAGGCAAUUAAUUUUGUAUUUUCAAAUGUACUUGAUUUAUAAGUCAUCAAGAUGGCACAAUAUUGAACAGCUAAUGACAGAUCAUAGGUAGUAUAUAAAUGAAAUCAUAUUACCGUAAAUAAAAAUAUUCAUGAAAAUAUAGUAUAAACAUUGAUCUUAUG